AUUUUACUCUCUUCGAUCCAAGAUUAAUAUGGUAUCAGAGCACUGAUUCGGGACCUACGAAUCGCGCUCAUACGACGACAAAAUGGCCGGAGAAACAGGUCACACCGGAGGAGACGGCCAUCGAGAACAUUUGGAACGACGGAAAAUCAAUGACCCUUCAUCACCGUAUUAUUUGUCUAGCUCGGAUCAUCCCGGGAUGAUGAUCUGUGCGGUUGUUCUCAAGGGAGAAGGCAACUAUCGGGAGUGGUCUACGGCCAUGAAAAAUGCUUUCCGUGCUAAACGGAAGAUGGGGUUUUUGGACGGCACCAUCGAACGACCCAUAAAUAUUCCGCGAGACCUUGAAGACUGGCUAACCGUCAACUCCAUGGCGGUGGGAUGGAUUAUGACCGCUAUUGAUCCAACGCUGAGGACCAAUCUCGCAUAUAUGGAGAGCGUGCGAGAUCUUUGGACUGAUUUGGAGGCUCGAUUUUCAGUUGGAGACGCCAUGAGGGUUCAUGAAUUGAAGGAGCUUUUACGAGAUUGCAAACAACGCGGUCAAUCCGUGACUAGCUAUUUCGGUCAAUUGCAAACACUCUGGGAAGAAUAUGACGGGAUCCGGAAUAUUCCACAGUGCAAGUGUAAUGGUUGCACAUGUAAUCUCAAAAGGCUCUUCCUUAAACACGUGGAGUCGGAGAAAACUCACGACUUUUUAAUGGGGUUGGAUCACGGAACCUACGGCACCCUGCGUUCCAACAUAUUAAGCGCGGAUGAACUGCCUCCUCUCACCAAGGUGUAUCACAUGGUGGUGCAAGAGGAACGCCAUCAAAAUAUGACGAAGGGCCGCAGUGACACACCGGAGACAGUAGCGUUUGCCACUCGAGUCACACCUACUGCCGGAGGACGAGAUGAGCGAAACACAUGUAGCUACUGCCAUAAACAGGGCCAUGAUGUGGAAAAUUGUUUCCGGCGAACUGGAAAUUAUCCUGAAUGGUGGCAUGAUAACCCUGGACGAGGUAGAGGAGCACGAGGGCGAGGAAACACUGGACGCGGUGGCUCUGGACGAACUGGACGAGGGAAUGGACGCGGCAGUGCUCAGGCCAUGCACGUAGGACAGUACCGAGACGAGGGGGCAGAUGCAUUUGACACCAAAGGAGGCACGUUGCACAAGCCGGAGUUCACCGAUGAGCAGUGGAAUACACUCAUAAAGUUACUGGAAAACAGUAAGGUUAACUCUUCGGAAGAGAAGCUCACAGGACCUACCUACGAGGAUGCCGAUUGGAGUGGGUGAUCGACGAGGGGGAGUUUAUUAUUUCCGGGGUCUGGACCAAGCUCAAGCUAAUGUAAUAGGAAAUGCAGACUCAGGAGAUCUGUGGCACUCGAGGUUGGGACACCCGUCCACGAAAGUUUUACGUUCUCUUAGCCAUUUGAAUAAAAGCUUAUUAAAUACCGUUGACAAUAAAUCUUGUGAUGCCUGUUUGCGUGGCAAACAAACCCGUACUAGUUUUGAUAUUAGUAAUGCUCGUGCUAUUGAACCUUUUGAACUAAUUCAUUGUGACAUUUGGGGUCCGUACCGCACUUUGUCUACAUGUGGGGCUCGUUAUUUUUUGACUGUGGUAGAUGAUUAUUCUAGAGCAGUUUGGAUA